AUGACAGUAAAAGGUGGCACAAGUCAAGCUUGUGCUGCAUGUAAGUAUCAACGCCGGAGAUGCUCACCAGAGUGUGCCUUGGCGCCAUAUUUUCCGGCUAACCACCCGAAGAUGUUCCAAAACGCUCACCGGCUUUAUGGUGUCUGCAACAUCAUGAAGAUUCUAAGGCAAUCGAAUGAUGAUGAACAAAAAGAGGAGGCUAUGAAAUCUAUCAUAUAUGAGUCCAAUAUGCGAGAGAAGUUUCCAGUUCAUGGGUGCUGUGGAAUCAUACGUCAGCUUCAUUAUCAGUUGCGUCAAGCCAUUGAAGAGCUUCAAUAUGUUCAUGCACAGCUCGCAAUCUGCAGAGAAAAAUGCUUCACCCAAGUCCCUUCCAGUCCACAUUUUUCUCCGUCGUCGGAGUUACAACUAGGCCUUAAUCCGACCGGUACAGACGCCGUGCCGGUUUUUCAACAUUAUUCUGCAGGCAAUGAAAUGCCAUUUGCGAUGAAUGAUUUUCUGACAAACGAGAAUGAUGGUGUUUAUAACAAUUUGGCAGACAAUCAAGCUCAAUGGGUUGCAAAUUCACAUGCAUUUCGGUUUAAACCAGAAUCAGGAAUUUCUCGAGAUUAUGAUGGAAUGCCUGCUGUUGAAACAAUUGCUGAUGAUAGACAAUCUUACAUUGAAUCCGAAGAAGCCUGUGAAUCGAGUUCGGAGUCAUCGUUGAAGGAUGCAACACAAUCAAUGAUUGAAGAUGUUAAGACCGGCGGUGUAUCUAAUUGUUUUAUUGUUCCACCCUUCUUGAAAUUGUUUUAA